AUGGACCAACAGAACAAAACUUCAACGGAUUUCAUCCUCCUGGGGCUCUUUCCUGGGUUCAAGUAUCCUAACCUGCUCAUCCUCACCAUCCUCCUUAUCUACACUGUAGCCUUUGCUGGAAACUCUAUUCUGCUCCUCCUCAUCUGGCUGGAUUCCCACCUCCACACCCCUAUGUACUUCCUGCUCAGUCAGCUGUCUGUCAUUGACCUGGCAUACAUCUCCAGCACUGUUCCCAAGACUGUCACCAACUACUUCACAGGGAAGAAGAGCAUUUCCUAUCUGGCCUGUGCUUCUCAGAUGUUUUUCUUCCUCACCCUUGGUCUUGCGGAGUGCAUCCUCCUGACCCUCAUGGCCUAUGACCGCUACAUAGCUGUCUGCAAUCCCCUGAGAUACACAGUCCUUAUGAGCCCCAAAGUCUGCCUGCAAAUGGCUGUCACCGCCUGGACUGGAGCCGUUCUUGCAGCCCUUGUCCAUACCAUCUACCCAAUGCAUUUCCCCGUUUGUGGCUCCAGAGAGAUUAAUCAUUACUUUUGUGAGAUGCCUGCUAUUCUGAGAAUGUCUUGUGUUGACACAUCAGUGUAUGAGAUGGUCAAAUUUGUCUCAACCAUUAUCUUUCUCCUAGUUCCAUUUAUUCUCAUUCUGGCCUCCUAUGUUUCCAUAUUCCUCACUGUCCUUAAGAUGAACUCUCGCAAAGGGAAGAAUAAAGCUCUGGCUACCUGCUCCUCCCACUUGACUGUAGUGAGUCUCUACUUUGGCCAGGCCAUCUUCAUCUACAUGACACCCAGCUCAUCCCACACACCUGAGCAAGACCAGGUAGGAGCUGUGCUUGGCACCAUUGUGACCCCCAUGCUCAACCCCAUCAUCUACAGCUUGAGGAACAAAGAAGUGGUAGGAGCUCUACAGAAAUGUAUGGGAAGGUGCUGCAACUAUGAGACUCCCCACUUUCUACAGUGCUAUUCUCAGAAAUGUUCUAUCCUCAAUUUUAAGGCUAUCCAUGGUCAAUUUUAA